AAGAGGUCUUUACUCUUAUCGCAGGCGCGUGUUUACCUCCCCGUGAAUUUGAAUGCCGAUUUGUGUCGGAUUGCGCGAUUCGCACUUGUGGAAACUAACUAACUAUUUUACUGUCUUGGCGGCUAUACUGUGAAACAGUGGAGCGUGGCUUGUGCAUGUGGAUGUGCAUAAAAAUGGCAUUGGCCAAAUCAGGUUUUUGGCUAACAAUGCUUAAAUACCAAGAAGGCCAGCCGUGACACUUUUUCAUUUGGGGUCGCUACUAGCGAGGGACCACUGUGGCCGAACUCAAGUGGAAAUGGGCAUCUGUGAGACGAGUGGUUUCGAAUUGAACUAACUCCCAAAACGGCAGAAUGACUGGAUCAGUGCACGAUCCGAAAUGGAGCCUGGAGCGCCGCGAGUCCUCUGGCCAUUUGGUGUGGCGCAAGGACUCUCCGGAGUCGAAAGUCCGUUUUCGCUUCGACGUCGAGGUCCUGGAGUUCGAGAGGCAUCCUCAUGAGGAGCUGGAUGACAAAGAGGAUCACUUCUCGAUGACCAAUCUCUCGGCGACAGUGGCCAUGUGCGCAACUUGUGUUGCCGUGGUGGCCGUCUCCGUGUUCCUGCCCUGGUAUUUGAUGGAGAAAGUGGGAUCGCUUUAAAAAAAAAAAAAAAAACGGGCCUCAAGAGCCCGGCUUCUUGUAUAUAGGUACCCGGACGGUAUUAAGUAGACUCUUGUACAUAAGCAAGCGUAGUUUUAACUAUUUGUAUAUAGUACGUACGUUGUAUAUAGGACCUGUGGUUUUUAUAAGGAUAGAGUUGGAAAAACUCUAGGUGCAAUACGAGUGCGACAGUGACUGCUAAAGCCGAACUAUGGAAUGUGGAUUGUAUUUUAGGACGUGUACAUUCUCAUAAUUUUAGUCCUAUGAAAGAUCGCAAAAAUAGUUAAUGGAAUAAACGAAAUACUUGCCCUUAG